GGAACAUUUUUUUCGUGGCGAGGGCUACAGAUGCGGCGUGGCAACCCCGGCGGUGUGGCACGCGAUUUGGUCCAAGGAUAUGUCAAAAUAUCCUGCACAUUUGGCUUCUGCCGUGCAAGCCUUGCAGAGUCUCCUUCUAGGUCAUCCCUCUUUCCAAUGGCCACUGCUUCGUUUUCCCGAGGACUCUGUUUCACUGCCUCCUUCCACUGCUGCCCCCUCCCAGAUGGCGCCAUCUCCUCGUGCACCACGUGCUCCGCUCCCCCCUCGUCCCGCGGCAGUCUCACCUGCACCACUUCAUGCGACGACUGCAGUGCCCGUUGAUGGUGCCGUUCCCGGUGGGUGCGUGCGUGACUCACGUGCCAUUCCAUCGGUCUCGACGCAGCCUGAUGCGCAAGGCACCGCACCAGUUUCGGAUGUCGGGGGACCUGUGUUGUUGGAUGAGUCAGGGACUCGUGCUUUCGUCGAGGGUCGAAGGUGGGGGAAGGGCGCUGGAACAUCGAGCGGCCUCGGCCCGGUGUUCACCGCGAACAGGGAUAAGGUUGCUAGAGUUCGACGAGCAGCCGCACCUCCCCCAGCGGCAGAACAACCCGCGACGGGACAUCAGGCUGCUGCGUAUCCAUGGUUCCCGCCCCCUCCUUCGCAGACACGUGGACGGGCACCAGACUUCACUUUCGCACCUGUUUGCGAGGCCGCCGCAACGGUCCCUGCGGGGGCUGGCACCAUCCCGCUCGACGAGCCCAUUCAAGUUUCGGAUUCGUCACCCACUCCUGCGCCCGUGACAGCCUCGACCUCGCAGCACAGUUUCUUUGGGACAUUGGAUCCUCUGCAAAAUUUGCGCAACAUUGCUGCUCCGAGCCCAGGCCCACCUGCAUCACCUGCGACUGUCGGCGGGGUGUGGGAUUCGCUAGGUUGCGGCGCCGGUGCACGAGUGAAGGGCACUUACAGGCAGCAGGCGGUGACAUCGUAUUACAACGACCUACUGGAGCACGCAUGGCACCUGCAAAUCAUGCGAUUUCUUGUCGAGAGCGGCAUGGCGUUCAACUGCGUGAAGCUUGAGAGCUUCAAACGCAUGUUGACAAUGAUCAUCCCAUCUGGGGUUCCCGGGUUGCCCACCCCGAAACCCCCGACAUAUCACAUGAUCCGUACCUCGCUUUUGAAUGAGCUUGAUACGGAAAAGGAUGAGAGUGUUAAGCACAUCUUCUGGAUUCCUUGUGUGGCGCACGUCAUGGACCUCAUCCUCGAGGACAUCGGCGGCAUUGAGUGGGUGGCGACCCGCAUUGCUCAGGCGUGUGUGGUCAUAAAGUUUUUCAAGCGCCAUAGCCAUGCUCGCGAGGUUUUGCAAUCUUUCUCGACGGCAGCACUGUUGCUUCCUUCCGAGACUCGCUUCGACACGCACGUCAUUAUGAUGCGGCGACUUCUUAAGUUGCAAUCGCAUCUCAUGAGGGUGGUGAUCGACGAUCGGUGGAAGGACACUGUUUGGGCGACGAAGAAGAUUAGAGACGACGCCGCGGAGGUCACAACAUGUGUCGGUUAUCCUCGGUGGUGGGAGGAUAUGACGGCAUUGUGCAAGUUGUUGGAUCCCAUCCUGGACAUGCUGCAGAUGGUGGACAGCGACACGAGGCAGAUUGGAAAGAUUUUGCGUCGGUAUGACGAGAUGAUCAUGCAUUGUUUGUCAGCAUGUGCCUCGUUUGAAAGGGAUGAGCAGGACGCAGUUCUCAAAGUGUUUGACAAACGCCGCACAAUAUUCAAGUCGCCUGCUCAUAUUGCUGCCAUGAUGUUGGAUCCCGAGUUUCGAGAGCGCACGAUGCCAGACGACGACGAGAUGCAGCAGGGUUUGAAAGUCGCUCUUAUUCAGUUCGGAUACCCGAAUGGUUCGGAUCAACACAACGAGGUGUUGGCUGCCGUUGAUAAAUUUCACACCAGGGAACCGCCGUUCGACGACGUGGCCAUGGACCGAGCGGCGAGGAGCUACACCCAUCCAGCCACGUUUUGGGAGUCGAAGGAGAAGAGGUUCCCGCACACGGYCUUCUUUGYCRGCAGGAUACUGYGUGUGUGGGCRACUGCAUCGCCCUGCGAGCGAGCAUGGUCCCGCUGGAGCUUCAUCCACUCCAAAUCCCGAAACAGAUUGGAGGUGGCACGGGCCGAGAAGCUCGUGCGAUGCCACUGUAACCUUCGACUCCUCGACAGGCAGGGUAUGUCGGACGAUGCUCCUAACGACAGGCCACAUCCAUACGGAAGCUCGGUGCACUAUUGGCAGCACGUGGAGGAGGAGGUGCCCACUGACCAGCAGCUUGUCGCCGACAGAGGAGCCCGUGUUGCGGUGACACAUGAGGAGUUGUUGCACGCUAGAGAGAGGAUGCGUGCCGUGUCCCGCAUGGGAGCCGCUCGUCGUUUGCGAGAGUCAGACAAGAGGAGACGUAGUGGAGGUGGUCGCGGAGGUGGUCGUCGGGCUGGUUGUGGGCGAGGCGGGCGUGGAGGUCCUGACGGGAGGAGGAGUGUCGCGAGUCGUGGAGUGACGGCGGACCAGCUUGUACGCAAGCCUCGCCAGCGAUGGGACGAGGGAAACUUUUUGUACGAGAGCUCGUCGAGUGACGAUGAGGAUUGCUUUGGCAGUGGCACGCGUGCACAGGAUGGCGACAGCGAUUUCGACGACCGUCACCCGGACGUGGACGACGAUGACAGCUCCGGAGGCGAUGAUCGUGGUGAUGGGGGAGAUCGGCCACAACCCCGCUCGACAGGGAGAGACGGCGAUAGAGGGCUUGACGAGGGAGCGGGACAUUGCCGUGUUGAUGGUGACGCUGAUGCAGGGAGCUGUGCAGUGGCCUCGAGACCUGCAGACGGUGACACCAUGGACGUCCAGGGGGCGGGAGGCGAGCACCUCACAGCCUCGGAUAGGGUGCGAGAUGGAGCGACUGAUGGUGGUGCAGGUCUUGUGGACGGCGGUGGCUUGAGGCGCUUGAAGCGUGGACCCAGGGAACGAGACACUAUCGCUUCCCGUGUGCGCAAACGUCAUGGCAGGGUUCCCGGCAUUCCAAGAGCAGCAGUCCCUCAAUUUGAGCAGAUUCCUGUUUCAGAGGACUCUUUGAGCGACCAUGGCGACGAGGAGCGGAUGGAGGUGAUUACGGGACCGGUCAUGCCGGAAUUGACACUUUCAGAAUCGGAAUUGGGUCUGGCACCGUCGAUGCGUCAUCCCGAGUUGAAGGGAGACAACGGUGUUCUCCCGGUGAUGGACGACGAGGGUUCUGCUCAUUCAAUGCAUCAGCUCACCUCUGCUGGAGCGCCUGCAUUGUCUGUUGUAGCAACCUCCGAUGUGCGACUACCGCCGUCAGCGGCGGAGCGAGAGACUGUGCCGCCGGCUCCCAGUGCUUUGGAUGAUCAUCCCGAUGUAGGCAUGGCGGGGGUUGAGAGGCAGCAACCAAGCACACAGGGAGCCCAUGCAGUUGACACUGUGUCGCGGCCACCGCGUGCAUUGACGGAGGGGACUGCUGAUGUGUGUCUAGGCGACGAUCUCCUGGACGUGGUCGUCUCACUCACUCCCGCCGCUGAGCAUAUCGUUGUUGCCCUUGUCGGCCUGGAUUGCCCCACCGACAGUCUUCCUGGUACCGCUGAUUUACUGGCCAUGGACUCGGCGCUCGCCUCGCUCCCCUCCGGGCCACAUGAGGUGGACCUUGGGAAGGCCGAGACGUUUACUCGACAGCACCGCGGCGGUCACCGCAGCAUCGCACACCGCAGUUUGUCCGAUUCCUUUGGCGUUCCUGAGGGAGGGUGUGUAGGCGGGGCAGAUAACCCAGCCGGCAGAUCAGCAAGACCCUCAAGUCCGCCGUCGAGAUCAGAGCAUCACCCCGUUAGCGGUACUUCCGGCAAAGUUACGGGUGUCCCCGCCACGGACACGAUGGACCCCACACGACAGCCUGCGGUCGGGUCCUCGUCGACAGCACGGCGCGACAGAGCCACUGUUUUGACGACAGUGGCAUUCUAUGCCACUGAGGGCAGUGCUGGGGGGUUGGACGAGCCGGGAGCCCGGAUUGCAGGCAGACCCUCUGCACCUUGUAUGGGGACACGAUCCAUCGGGAUAGCCGACGGUGCUCGCCACAUCGCCAUGUCAGAGUAUGAGGACCGACAUGGGAGCGCCUUGCCGACGAAGACCUCUGAUGUCCAUGCUACGAGGGCCGCGAAGGCGAGUCUUUCUCGAGCGAGGAAGAAGGCUUCGGAAAGGAAGGCGACAUGCUCGUCGCCACAUAUGCGAUCCUACAUUGGGCGAUUCGAUGUUGCGCCUCUCGAGGACGAAGAGAUUACACCUGAUGGCGCUGCGUUGGAUGUUGGAGAGAGGCCUGCGGGGGCGGACAGCGUCUGCAGGGAGGGUGCAGGCACUGUAGGACAUGCAGUGGCAGGUCAGAAGAGACGUGGCAGUGUACUUAUCGUCCACGAUGACAGCACGGAUGUCGCCCCCGGAGAGACCACAGGCACUGAUGAUGCGGGGGACUCUGAUUACGUGCCUGAACCUCAGGGGGCGGACGGAGAUAUUGGAGGAGGGCGACGAGUGAGACCGAGGACACGACUCGGGCCAUUCGGCCAGGUACUGCAAGGCACAACAUCGGUGACGAUUCCUGCCCCCAUUGAUCGGCGAGCUCAGGCGCAGCGGCUGCUGCGCAGAAUGGAGGCCACUCUUCAAGAAACACAUGGCUCAUCGAUCGGCCGCGGAGAGAGAGAGAGCUAGAGAGAGAGAGAGAGAGAGAGAGAGAGAGAGAGAGAGAGAGAGAGAAAGACUGUCGACCUCAGUCCGGGCUACCACUAGGACGGGAGGCCCUUGGCCUAGGCCCGUAGCAUGAGAGCCUAUAGCCGGGCAGGCAGAGGUCGUAGGGAUGUUGCUACAUAUCCGCUCAACAUUGCAGUUUUCUCUUGGCACCCUUGCAGCCUCGCAGGUAUCUUAUCGUGGUUGGCAUGGGAUAUUGUUGUCGAUGACGCGGCCUUGAUAUC